CUGCUGUACUGGGAAACAGCUCAGAUACAAGGCUGUGAGCCUCUUCUCAGAACAAGGCCUAAUAUUUACAAUUCAAUGCAAUAUUCAAAGAAUUUCAGCAUAGAUCAUGCAAACAUGUAUUCAAAUAUCAAAUCAAAUAAGCACAAGAAAAGCAAAUUGUCUGACUCUUGUCUUUAUCCUACAGUGCCAUCUCCGUAGUUUGAAUAGGAGGAGUUAAGAGCAGAGUUCACUUGAGAAGUCUGUGGUUUAUGUGGUUUCUAAGAUUGUCCAGCCCCCAAAAUCUCUAGAUGUGCAAUCCAUAAACAGAACUGCUUGUCAAAUUUUGCCAAGGCCACAUUUUAAACUCUCCUCAACGUAUUAAAUAGACAGACAUAAAGGUCGGUGUCCAGAGCUCUUCUUUUUUUAUAUGCCUAUUAGCCUUGGGGUCCACCUCCAAAAGCCACUUCCACUAGAUGAGUAUCAGGAGGCCAGUGGGAGCUUGAUAGUGAGCUGCAGCUGAGGAAGAGGAGGAGGAGGAGGAGGAGAGAUAGUGGGGAAGAGACAGAGAAGACAGUCAUGCACUUCACAGGCAGCAGACACUGACACACUGCCACACACCCACAUUAUUUCUCCUAUACGUCUCAUCGGAGCACCUGCUACUACCACACCACGAGGACCUGGAGAACAUGCUUCCUUGGCUGCUGGCUGCAACUCUUGCAGCGCUAACAGGAGUCACUGCUGGCUAUGGAGGCACUGAGAGGAACUGCUCCAUUUCUCCACCUUAUCUCCCCAGUACAGCUGUCGAUAGCACUCGUCAGUUACAGGAGCUCCGAAAGAAAAUGCUCCCCUUGAAGAUGAAUGCGUACAUUAUCCCUGGCACUGACGCUCACCUGAGUGAGUAUAUUGCACCACGUGACGCUCGGAUGACCUUCAUGACCGGUUUUAAAGGCUCAUCGGGCACUGCAGUGGUAACAAACACCAAAGCUGCCCUCUGGACAGACAGCCGCUACUGGGUUCAAGCCGAGCGAGAGAUGGACUGCAACUGGGAGCUGCAGAAAGAUGUAUCUGUGAGCUCGAUAACCGAGUGGCUCAUGGCGGAGGUCCCAAAAGAUGGCGUGAUCGGCUUUGACCCCUUCCUCUUCUCUCUCAAUCGUUAUGAGGAGUUCUCCAUUAUUCUUGAAUUGAACAAUCGCACCCUCAAGUCGCACCCAAACAACCUGGUCGAUACGGUGUGGACUAACAGACCUCCUAUCCCAUCAGACAAGCUGAUACGGCUGCCGGACCGAAUAAUACAAAGAACCUGGCAGGACAAAGUGGAGGACAUCAGGAGGCAAAUGAGAGAGACCCCAAACCAGCCCACCGCAGUGCUCCUGUCUGCGCUGGACGAGACUGCAUGGCUGUUCAAUAUGCGAGGCAAUGACAUCCCAUACAAUCCCUUCUUCUACUCUUACACAUUUGUGACCAUGAAUGAAAUCCGGCUGUUUUUGCACAUUGAGAGGGUGACUGAUGACCUGAAGAAGUACCUGGACACAUCUUGCGGAGGACCACUCUGUGUGCAGCUGCUGAGCUACGAUUCUGUGCUGACCGAGGUCCGCAAAUAUGUGACCAAGCCCCAGGUCAAAGUGUGGAUCGGGACAGAGUACACCAACUACGCACUUUACGAGAUUAUUACACCUCAGGACAAGCUCCUGGUGUCCACAUACUCCCCCGUGUUGACCACAAAAGCUGUAAAGGAUGAGACAGAGCAGCGGGGCCUAAGAGAAGCACAUGUGAGGGAUGCAGUAGCUGUGAUCCAGCUGCUGAUGUGGCUGGAAAAGGCCGUUCCUGAAGGAAAGGAGACAGAACUGACUGCAGCUCAAUAUGUCAAUAAUUGUCGCCAAAAACAAAAGGACAACAAAGGCCCAAGCUUUGAGACCAUCUCUGCCAGUGGCCCAAAUGCAGCUCUUGCUCAUUACAGUCCUACAAAUGAAACCUGCAGGAACCUGACAGUGAAAGAGAUGUACCUGGUGGACUCUGGAGGCCAGUAUCUAGAUGGGACCACUGACAUCACACGAACAGUCCACUGGGGAACACCCACAGCCAUGCAAAAGGAGGCGUACACGAGAGUGCUCAUGGGGAUAAUUGAACUUUCUACCACCAUUUUUCCAUCUGGAACUAGAGGUGCAAAUAUGGAAAUGCUGGGCCGCAAAGCAUUAUGGGAGGUGGGAUUGAAUUAUGGCCAUGGAACAGGUCAUGGUAUUGGGAACUAUUUUGGAGUUCAUGAGUGGCCCGUUGGCUUUCAGAGCAACAACAUUCCCUUCACAGCAGGCAUGUUCACAUCGAUAGAACCUGGCUACUACAAGGACAACGAUUUUGGGAUUAGGAUUGAAGACAUUGCUGUGAUUGUGCCUGCAAAAACAAAGUUUGGUAACAAUUAUCUGACAUUUGAAAUCGUGUCUCUGGUGCCAUAUGACCGCAAACUGAUCGACACUUCACUUCUGAGCCCACAGCAGCUCCAGUGGCUGGACACUCACUACGAAAACAUUCGGAAAGUGGUGGGCCCGGAGCUGGACCGUCAGAAGCUGACUGCAGUGAAGGACUGGAUGCUGAGGCAGACCGUAUCAGUCAGAGGCACUGCAUCUUCAUUAAACAUCUCUUCUUCCUCACUGCCCUUCCUCACUUUGAUGUUUGCUCUGAUCCAAAACUUCCUGUGAGCGCCCCCUGCCUGUUAAAGCAGAUUUGCACUCCAAGCAUACAUCUAUGCAGAGUCUGCUAAAAAUGGGCAGCUACUUUCUACUUUUGAUGUCUUUUCAACCUAAAUAAGGAUGUAUGCAAUAGUUUAGUGGAAGGUUUGAUGUUUCUUAGUGAUUUAAGACUUUUAGAUGUUUUCAAACUGGAUUUUUUAAAGACCCACUAUUUUAUUAAAGUUUUUAAAGACUUUGAA